UCCGCUGAAGCGGGAGGACGUUUGUGUGUGUGUGUGUGGUGUGUGCAGAGUGAUCCUUUCCAAUACUUGGAAGUUCGAAUAAUGUCUGCUUCAGCGGCGUGGAAGAAGAAAAGGGAACCUGCAAGAAACUCGAAGAAGAAUAAGAAGCAAGAGUACAGAAAGAAAAACAAGCCAAGCAAGGACUUCUCGCAAUCCAAGGAAAAGAAGGCUGCUCCCAUUCCAGUAUUCGGACCCCUGUUUCAACCGAUGCUCGAAGACCCUCGCUCGUUCUACUCCUCGAGGGUCGUCCCGCACUGCGACGCUCACGCGGCCCGGGCGGGCCUCAUCCAGGCAGGUCGAGCAGCGCCAGUCCCCGCUGAGCAGCGGCGCGUGCGGCGCGACGCGCUGCUGCAGCACCUCCCCCUGGACUUCAGGCGGCGCCUGGACAAGGAGCUGGCGCCCAGGAGAGCGGAAAGUGCCCACGUCAGUGCGGUGCUGGAGGAAAUGAUGGUGGUGUGUAAGGAGAUGAGGAGCACGACCGCCCAUCUCGAGAACGAGGCUGCAGUUCCUGCCGGGGCGGGUGAGGUCAACCCUGCAGGGCCAGAGAUCCUCGCGACAGAACCGAGGAUCGUUACCACAUAUCCAGAGAUCGUCCCCGCCCCUGCAGAUCCUGAGAGAGCCCGUCCAGAGCGCUGUAACGCCGCCGUCUCUGCUGAUUCCGGCGUUGCCCCAGCUCGGCCGGACAACUUCCCAGCAUGCCGAGUCCUUUUCCACGCACAGCCGGGCGAUGUCCCUGCCGAUUCUGAGAUCGUCCGCGCAGGAGCAGCAAGAAACAACGUCUCGAAAGACAUGGACAUUGUCCUUGCACACCCGGAGAUGGUCCCUGCACAGCCGGGUAGCGUCGUCUCGGCAGAACCAGGGAACAUCGCCGCAGAGGAGGAACAGCCAAAAACUAUGCCAAUGUAUGAUCCCUGGUUAGAGCACCCACAGAAAUUUUAUUCCAAGAGGGUCCUACCGUACUGCAAGGCCCACCCAGCAGUGCCAAUUUGGGCUAGGUGUUCAAAGAAGCUUGGAAAACGACAUAGGGAGGAGGUGAUCCUUCAGCACCUGCCCGCAGAGUUCCGGGAGCGCUUGGACCGUGCGCUGGAGCCCCACAAAGCAGAAAACGCCCCGCUCAUGCUUUUGCUCUGCAAGAUGGUACAGGCUCGUAAUGAGAUGAUAAAGAGCUCCGCCAAGCCUUCGACCUCGCCUUCGACCAUGACAAUGUUCGACCCUCGUCUCGAACACCCUCAGUCAUUUUAUGCACUGAGGGUCGUGCCCUACUGCAAAGCGAACCCAAGAGUCCCCCGCGGAGCGCCGUACUUCAAGCUGGAGCUGCGGAAGCAGGAACGCGACGUUCUGCUGCAGCACCUACCCGCAGACUACCGAGAGCGCCUAGAUGAGGCGCUGAAGCCAACGGACACGCAAAGUGCAUGUAUCCCACUGUUACUUCAAACGAUGAUAAAACUUUACGAGGCAAAACCCACCGUGCGCGCUGAACAGAGGGUCGCAUCUGCUGAGGCGGGUAGCGUUCUCGUUGUGCCUACAGAGCAGAGAGUUGUACCGACUGAGACUGAGGCGUCUAACGCUCUCCUCACGCCUACAGGGCGGGAAGUUGUGUCUGCUGAGGCGGGUAACGCCCUUCUCGUGCCUACACAGACGGAGGUUGUGCCGACCGAAGAGUCAAACGUUUUCGUCGUGUCUAGAGAGCAGGCAGUUCUACCUGAUGAGGCGGGUAACGCCCUUCCCUUGCCUGCACAGGUUUUACAGACUGAGCAGUUUGGCGUCUCUACAGGGCUGGGUAGUGACGUCUCUGGCAGUUCAGAGAGGGAUACGGUUCUGCCGGCAGAGCCGGAUGGCUUUGUUUCGCCAGAUCAAGAGGUCCCCCAGGUGUUCCAGAGAGACACUGUGCAGCACAAACCCUGGCACAUCAUCUUUCAAGAGCUUCGUGGUGAGAGAGAACCUGAGUGGCAACCGUUGUCUCCACCGCAAAAGAGACCGCGUAUGGAACCAGAGCAAACUUUCUGGUUCCAUCCGAGUGAUGACGCGUUUUGGACCGAUUGUGCAUUUUGCAACACGCCCGCACCUUUAGACCGGGGUUUUUGCCCCAGUUGCAAAAUACCUUAUGUUAUCAAAUGUCCAUCUAAACGCCUGUAUUUUUAAACUUGACAAUAAUUGAUGAAUUGUUAUUCAAUGAUUUGCUGCACACUAUUGAUGAUGUAUAUUGUACAUUGGAUUUUAUUUAUGAAUUUUUAUUAGUAACUUAUUUCUUUUAACGUAAAAUCGCAUUGCUUAGUACCUGAUUUUUUAGACAUUGGGUAUUUACCCCGGUUGCAAAAUAUCCUAUAUGAUACCAAAUGCCCACCUCAAGUCAUGUAUUUUAAGAGGCUCUACUAUAGAGAUUUAAUUUAUGUUUUUUUAAAUUUUAUUUAAUGAUUUUCUCCAACGCCAUUGAUGCACAUUGAUUGUAUUUAAUACUUGUUAUGUGACUUAUUUCUUUUGAAAUAAAAAACACGUUGUUUUCA